AACAGAGGAUAUAGAGGACUCCCAGCAAUGAGACCCGGGGGACGAGCAAAGGACCGAGAACUCGUUGCGUUGCGCUUCGAGAAGGCGGCAAAGCGCCGUUCCUGGGUGAUCCCGGUCGCCUCCUGUCUAGUCUCCUCCAUCUUCGCCCGCUCGUAACUCGUCGAGGAGGAGGGGAUCUGCGCCGCGCACGGUCCCCGAGGCCGAUCGGACGGUCUGUGGUCCUGGCAAAGUUGGAAUUUUGGACGGCCUUCGGCUGUGAUUCCAGAUAUUAACUGGAAUUUUGUCGGCCCAACAUUCUGGUAAACGUUCUUGAUUUUUUUGAACAAAUUGGCCAGGGGAAGACGCGCGCUGUUGUUGGAGAUCAGAGAGAAAGCUUCCAGCUUUGGGAAAAUGGGGAACGGCCGUGUCUAGGCUGAGCCGAUAGCAAACCUCAGGGAAGGAGCGAUGGCACGGAGAGGAAGGAAAAGGGAUCGGCUCCGGUGGAGCAAGCUCUAUUCUUUCGCUUGCGUCCGCCCCACCGUGUUAUUAGAUGAUGAGCAACCCUCCUCCCUCCAAGGUCCCGGUUACUCCCGCAUUGUCCACUGCAACCGACCCUUGCUCCAUCGCAAGAAGCCCCUCGAUUACCGCAACAACUACAUCACCACCACCAAGUACAACGUUAUCACUUUCCUCCCGAAAGCCCUCUUUGAGCAGUUCCGCCGCGUAGCCAAUAUCUAUUUUCUCCUCGCCGCAGUCCUCUCCCUCACCCCUGUCUCUCCAUUCACUCCGGUGAGCAUGAUUGCGCCUCUGGCCUUUGUUGUCGGGCUGAGUAUGGCGAAAGAGGCACUGGAAGAUUGGCGGAGAUUUAUUCAAGACAUGAAAGUCAACAGCCGGAAGGUCAGUGUCCACAACGGGGAGGGCCAGUUUGGCUACAAGCAAUGGCAGGAUAUUCGGGUUGGGGAUAUCGUGAAGGUGGAGAAGGACCAAUUUUUUCCCGCUGAUUUGCUUCUACUGUCAUCGAGCUACGAAGACGGGAUAUGCUACGUGGAGACUAUGAAUUUGGACGGCGAGACAAAUUUAAAGGUCAAGAGAUCUCUGGAGGUGACUUUGGCUUUGGAUGACGAUGAGGCCUUCAGAGACUUCACAGCCACCAUAAAUUGCGAAGACCCAAAUCCUAAUCUCUACACUUUUGUGGGUAACUUUGAGUACGAGCGACAGGUCUAUGCGCUUGAGCCAAAUCAGAUUCUGCUGAGAGAUUCAAAGCUUAGGAACACCACUUAUAUCUAUGGGGUGGUUAUCUUCACCGGUCAUGACAGCAAAGUUAUGCAAAACGCAACCAGUUCACCCUCUAAGAGGAGCAGAAUCGAGAAGAAAAUGGAUAAAAUUAUAUAUGUCCUCUUUACAAUUCUCGUACUCAUUUCAUUGAUUAGCUCAAUUGGGUUUGCUGUGAUAACAAAAAACAAGAUGCCGGAUUGGUGGUACUUGCGACCAGAUGAUACAUCAAGCUUGUAUGAUCCAUCAAGGCCAGCGUUAUCUGGUGUUUUUCAUCUGGUCACAGCUCUUAUACUUUAUGGAUAUCUGAUACCUAUUUCGCUCUAUGUUUCUAUUGAAGUUGUUAAGGUCUUGCAAGCGACCUUCAUCAACCGUGAUGUUCUCAUGUAUGAUGAGGAGACAGGAAAUCCUGCACAAGCUCGAACUUCAAACUUAAAUGAGGAGCUUGGGCAAGUCGACACGAUUUUGUCAGACAAAACGGGUACUUUGACUUGCAAUCAGAUGGACUUUUUGAAAUGUUCCAUUGCUGGAGUUUCGUAUGGUGUCCGUUCUAGUGAAGUGGAAAUUGCUGCUUCAAAGCAGAUGGAAACAGAAGCUUCUGGUACUCCUGAGCACCAAAAUGGCACUCGAGAUCUUUGGGAGGAUAAUCGGGGUGCUUAUGGAUCAUCAGAAAUUGAGUUGGUAAAUGGGAUUCCUAGCAUGGUUGAUAAGCCACGAAAGCCUGCCAUAAAAGGCUUCAGUUUUGAAGAUGACCGCCUAUUGAAUGGAAACUGGACAAAGGAACCCACGGCCAACACCAUUCUUAUGUUCUUCAGAAUACUUGCUCUGUGUCACACAGCAAUUCCUGAGCCAAAUGAGGAUACUGGUGGAUUCACCUAUGAAGCUGAAUCACCAGAUGAAGGAGCAUUUCUUGUUGCAGCUAGGGAAUUUGGGUUUGAGUUUUGUAAGCGGACUCAAACUAGUGUAUUCAUCAGGGAAAAGUAUUCUCCUUCUGAGGAACCUGUGGAAAGGGAGUUCAAGAUUCUCAAUCUAUUGGAAUUCAGCAGCAAAAGGAAGAGAAUGUCUGUAGUUGUGCGUUACGAGAGUGGUCAGAUUCUUCUUCUUUGCAAGGGGGCUGACAGCAUCAUUUUUGAUAGACUAUCGAAAAACGGAAGAUUGUAUGAGAGUGAUACAAGCAGGCAUCUAAAUGAAUAUGGGGAAGCAGGCUUGCGGACAUUGGCACUGGCAUAUAGGGUGCUGGACGAGUCUGAAUAUUCUGCUUGGAACACAGAGUUUCUAAAAGCAAAAACCACUAUCGGACCCGAUAGAGAAGCUCAAGUUGAGCGAAUCUCUGAUAUUAUGGAAAGGGAAUUAAUUCUUGUUGGCGCAACCGCUGUGGAAGAUAAAUUACAGAAAGGAGUUCCUCAGUGUAUAGACAAGUUGGCACAAGCUGGUCUCAAAAUCUGGGUUCUGACAGGUGAUAAGAUCGAAACUGCAAUUAAUAUAGGAUAUGCUUGCAGUUUGCUUAGGCCAGGGAUGAAACAAAUAUGCUUAUCCACUGUGAGCAAUGACUUAUUGACACAGGAUGCAAACAAGGCAGCAAAAGAGAACAUUUUGAUGCAAAUAACUAACGCUGGCCAAAUGAUCAAGCUGGAGAAGGACCCCUAUGCAGCAUUUGCUCUAAUAAUUGAUGGAAAGACACUAACAUACGCCUUAGAGGAUGAUGUAAAGAAUCAGUUUUUGAGUCUAGCAGUCGAUUGCGCAUCUGUCAUAUGCUGCCGUGUCUCCCCUAAGCAGAAAGCACUGGUCACUAGGUUGGUAAAAGAAGGUACAGGAAAAGUUACUUUGGCCAUAGGCGAUGGUGCAAAUGAUGUAGGCAUGAUUCAAGAGGCUGAUAUUGGUGUUGGUAUUAGUGGCGUAGAAGGAAUGCAGGCUGUGAUGGCUAGCGAUUUCUCCAUUUCACAGUUCAGAUUUCUUGAACGACUUCUUGUUGUGCAUGGCCACUGGUGCUAUAAGAGGAUAGCACUCAUGAUUUGUUAUUUCUUCUAUAAAAACAUAGCUUUCGGCUUAACAAUAUUCUACUUUGAGGCAUAUACUGGCUUCUCUGGGCAAUCGGUGUAUGAUGACUGGUACAUGCUUCUGUUUAAUGUUGUUCUAACUUCACUGCCGGUCAUAUCAUUAGGAGUCUUUGAGCAAGAUGUCUCUUCUGAAGUAUGCUUGCAGUUCCCAGCACUGUACCAGCAAGGACCAAGGAACCUGUUUUUUGAUUGGUAUAGGAUCAUCGGUUGGAUGUUCAAUGGCCUUUACACAUCCAUCAUCAUAUAUUUCCUCAACAUUGGUAUAUUCUUCCGUCGGUCAUUCCGCUCAGGGGGACAGACUGCUGAUAUGGCUGCCAUCGGAACGACCAUGUUCACCUGCAUUAUCUGGGCUGUCAAUGUACAAAUUGCCCUUAUCAUGAGCCACUUCACAUGGAUCCAGCAUCUCUUUGUGUGGGGCAGUGUUGCUACAUGGUACCUCUUCUUGCUUGCAUAUGGAACAUCGACCCUUUCUGGGAAUGCCUACCAGAUACUCGUGGAAGCACUCGGACCGGCACCCAUGUAUUGGGCUGUGACACUUCUAGUUAUCUCUGUCUGCAACAUACCAUAUCUGCUCCACAUCUCCUACCAGAGGGCCCUCAAUCCACUGGAUCACCAUGUGAUUCAGGAAAUCAAAUACUACAAGAAGGAUUUGGAGGACCAGCGUAUGUGGAAGAGGGAGAAGACCAAAGCCAGACAGAAGACUAAGAUUGGUUUUACUGCAAGGGUGGAUGCCAAGAUCAUGCAGCUAAGAGGGAGGUUGCACAAGAAAGUCCCAUCAUUGACCAUUCAAACUAUAUGAUAGCUUAUCCGAGGCCCUAUGUUGAUUUCUGGUAUGUAGUUUUCCAUUUUGUGCGCCGUUCAUAGUUUUGGCUUUCAAAUUUUCCCAUACUAUUGUCCACCAAUUCAUUUCAUACUAUUCUUCUAGGGUACUUCCCCUGAUUGUAUAAAGCCAGCUGCUGUAUUAUAUUUGUAGUCAGUCAUGUUGAACUGAAGCUGUAUUGAAAUAGUUGAGAUAUACGUAGUGCAUAAAGGUUCUGCAUCAUUGCCAUUC